AUGAUGUUAACGACAAAAGUCAAGGAAUGUGGAAAAGUGAAGACACGUAAGACAUGGGAGUUAUUUAGGGCAACAGACUUCGAAUCGUUGAUGUACCCGUGCUUUUGCAUCUGCUGGCUACUCGGAUAUUUUCCUUACAAGUAUCAACCUCCAGUAUAUUCACUUUCGAAGCAACGUUUUGCCUUCUCCACGUCUAUGACGUUCAUUUUCGUUUUCUUGUUGCUUUUCAUAAUCUACGAAAUCAACAUUGGCACGAAAAUGAACUACAGCAUACCAGAGUCGAUUCACGGGAACAUGUACGCGUUCUUAGAUGGGUUCGUGAUCGUGGUGAUGUAUUUGUCAACUGACGCUCGAUUAUCGGUGAUCCAAAAUCUGUCAAGAACCAGCUGCAUAUUGCUUACGAAGGAUUUCAAAGAUUUAUCCAAAAUGAUUCACACGAAGGACAUUUUAUGUUUUUUAUUUCUGGUCAUCCAUGUACCAAACUGUUUUAAACACGACAUUUUCGUGACAGUACGGAAUCUUACCAACAUAUACAUAAUGAUGGCCAACUUUUCCAUGGACAUAUUCUAUAUAAAUUGUGUGUUCAUUUUGAAAGAUUGCUUCAAGAAAAUGGAUGAAUCUAUACGACAACUGAAGAAGCUCCGAAUCAAUGAUAAUAUGUCGACGCAGACGUUCAUGCAUCAUGAACAGAUAAGUCCAUUGGUGGUGAUGAAGCUGAAGAAUUUGGAGGAAAAACACUUGCAAAUCAGCGAUGGGGUGGAAUUGCUGAACCAUACGUUUAUGAUACGUAUUACAGUCGCAGUUAUUACGACGUUCAUCGUGGUCACUUUCGAUAUAUAUUUCUAUAUAAUUUAUUCAUACAGCGGAUUUCCUGCAAACAGCAAGUUCUGGUACAAACCGUAUGUCACGCCAGCCGCUUUCUAUUUUAUCAAGUUUUGGAUGAUGAUUUGGGCAUGUGAAACAGCGACGAAUCGAGCGAGAAAAAUGAAGACGACACUUUGGGAUGUUUUCGGUGCUACUAACGAUCCAUUCGUGAAACGCGAGGUGGAGCUUUUUUCUCUGCAAAUAAUGCACACGACAAACAUAUUCACAGCAAAGACAUUCGAUAUGAAUUCGUCAUUUUUGGCAAAGAUCGUCGGAGGUAUCAUAAUGUACAUCUUGAUCCUGUUUCAAUUUUUAUUAAACUACGUUGUGUGCAGUCUUCAUAUGUAAUGAAAGCGAGAUCUUUGAAGUGACGUGAUUCUGUAGGUGUUCUUUAUUAAUUCUUUGGCAGCUUUUUGAUCGGUAAACUAUAAUGGAGGGAAAACAAGCGAAAGAAUAUUAAGUACUGGAAGUUGAUAACAUAAUCGCCGCAUAGAACAGUGACGUCAAAAGAUACGUUCUAAGUAGAAAAAUUGACGAUAAUGUGUAACAUCAACGCGCUCCUUUCGACUACCUUCGUGUUUUUGAUAAACGAUGCAUGCAUAUAUUAUUACGACUCAUUUUCUCGUCGAUAUUAAUUAUGUAUCAUCAUCUGAGUUGUACAACGAAUAUAAAAAUCAGACACUUACAAAAAUAACAAUUCCAAAUAUUCUGACCAAACUUCUGUUUCAAAAUACUGUUAUUUUAAAUAAUAUAUUUGUUAUAAUGGCUCACAGCUAAGAAAUCCACGAAGUGAGCACUAAGAUAGAUAGUGCAUUAUAAAUUAUUGUAGAUUCACCUGGUUUCAUCGAUUAAUUUCAAUCAAGAUAAUGCUGUUACUUCUAUAUUCCCUGUAAGUCUUUAAUAUUACGAAACACCUUUCGUUAAUGAGUUGCACUAUUCUCUUGCUUUAGAUGCUCGAAUUAGAUUCGAGUAAAAAUGAUUAAAUUUCAUUACUGUUCGACAAACCAUAGCAUACAGACUUCUUACAGUGAGAGAGGUGCUUCUUUGUGUGACAGUACAAAGCACAGUAUCAAAGGUGAACUUAGCUUUCGUACAAAAAAUAAAGUUUCAUUUAUUUCAUGAGAAAACUAAAUCGUACGUAAAAAAUUACUAAAAAUUGCAGUGCUUUAAUUCAGAUCUUUAAAAUGUUUAGUCGACCGCGGAAACCUGAACCAAGGACAAAUAAAAAACUUAAAUCAUCGUCGUCAUACUUCAGG